GGCCGCCAGGAUUGUCCAGGGACGUUCGGGGGGCGUGGCUUCAUGUCGUACAGGGCGUGGUUUCAGGAGAGUAAAAGCUGCCCUUCCUGCCAUGUGCUGACUGCAUUGACUGAUCCCAGGCAGACAGCACCAUGUCCCAGGUACCGGCCCGGGGGCCAUGAGCUGGGCAGGGAGGCCUGGCUGGGAGUGAUGGGGGCCAUGAGCUGGGCAGGGAGGUCUGGCUGGGAGUGAUGGGGUUAUUGGUAUUGGGGGGAGUGAUGGGGUUAUUGGUAUGGGGGAGUGAUGGGGGUUAUUGGUAUGGGAGACCUGGCUGGGAGUGGUGGGUGUUAUUGGUAUUGGGGGGAGACCUGGCUGGGAGUGGUGGGUGUUAUUGGUAUUGGGGGAGACCUGGCUGGGAGUGGUGGGUGUUGUGGUAUUGGGGGAGACCUGGCUGGGAGUGGUGGGUGUUAUUGGUAUUGGGGGAGACCUGGCUGGGAGUGAUGGGGGUUGUGGUGUUAUUGGGGGAGGCCUGGCUGGGAGUGAUGGGGGUUAUUGGUAUUGGGGGGGAGACCUGGCUGGGAGUGAUGGGUGUUAUUGGUAUUGGGGGGGAGACCUGGCUGGGAGUGAUGGGGGUUAUUGGUAUUGGGGGGGGAGGCCUGGCUGGGAGUGGUGAGGUUGUUGGUAUAGAAGUAGGCCUGAUUGCCAGUACCGUGGGUUUAACAUGCUCUAUAGUGUUUGCAGUGUUUUAAUAUCUUGUACAUGGUGUGAUUCUUCCAAACAGCAGAAGGUAUCUUCAUUCUCAAAAUGUAUCCCCUUGCUACAAUCUGUCACCUGACUUCGCUGCUUAACCCCUGGCUCACUGUGCCGCAGUGGCACCGCCGCUUAUCCCCUGGCUCACUGUGCCGCAGUGGCACCGCCGCUUAUCCCCUGGCUCACUGUGCCGCAGUGGCACCGCCGCUUAUCCCCUGGCUCACUGUGCCGCAGUGGCACCGCCGCUUAUCCCCUGGCUCACUGUGCCGCAGUGGCACCGCCGCUUAUCCCCUGGCUCACUGUGCCGCAGUGGCACCGCCGCUUAACCCCUGGCUCACUGUGCCGCAGUGGCACCGCCGCUUAUCCCCUGGCUCACUGUGCCGCAGUGGCACCGCCGCUUAACCCCUGGCUCACUGUGCCGCAGUGGCACCGCCGCCUAACCCCUGGCUCACUGUGCCGCAGUGGCUCACUGUGCCGCAGUGGCUCUGCCGCUAACCCCUGGCUCACUGUGCCGCAGUGGCUCUGCCGCCUAACCCCUGGCUCACUGUGCCGCAGUGGCUCUGCCGCCUAACCCCUGGCUCACUGUGCCGCAGUGGCUCUGCCGUGGCUCACCCCUGGCUCACUGUGCCGCACCGCCUGGCUCACUGUGCCGCAGUGGCCUCCCCUGGCUCACUGUGCCGCAGUGGCACCGCCGCUUACCCCUGGCUCACUGUGCCGCAGUGGCACCGCCGCUUAUCCCCUGGCUCACUGUGCCGCAGUGGCACCGCCGCUAACCCCUGGCUCACUGUGCCGCAGUGGCUCUGCCGCCUAACCCCUGGCUCACUGUGCCGCAGUGGCUCUGCCGCUUAACCCCUGGCUCACUGUGCCGCAGUGGCUCUGCCGCUUAACCCCUGGCUCACUGUGCGCAGUGGCUCUGCCGCUUAACCCCUGGCUCACUGUGCCGCAGUGGCUCUGCCGCCUAACCCCUGGCUCACUGUGCCGCAGUGGCUCUGCCGCCUAACCCCUGGCUCACUGUGCCGCAGUGGCACCGCCGCCUAACCCCUGGCUCACUGUGCCUCAGUGGCUCUGCCGCCUAACCCCUGGCUCACUGUGCCGCAGUGGCUCUGCCGCCUAACCCCUGGCUCACUGUGCCGCAGUGGCUCUGCCGCUUAGAUUCCUUCACCGCUGUGUUUUCCUUUUUGCACACUGAUACUGGGAGGAGGCUCUGUAGACUGUAUUAUUGGUCAGUUCUCUGUCCCCACUGUGGUACCCCCACCCUGGGGCAAUGUAGGCAUUUUAUUACAAGUCUAUUUGUUGGGAAGGUUGAACCAUUAUGGUGUGAUUUUGUUUUAUCGGCAGGCAUCCCACCUGGCUGUCACGUUGAACUUUUAAAAUUAUUAAAGUGCUGAUUUAUAUCUAAUUUUGGUUCGUUUAUGAAAUGAGACAAAGGGGGACAUGCGGUUAAUACCUAAAGCAAUUCAGUAAUCUUAAGUGUCCUUGUAAAAAAUGCUAUUGACACUCCACUGCCAAAAAUGAUCACUGCUUCAUAUAUCUCUCUAUCUCACACACCACCACCACCACCACGCGCUGCUGGAUUCUCUAACCGUGCAAUCUCUGUUCUCUCUGCAGGCUGAGUUUGACCAAGCUGCCAGCGAUGUUAAGAAGUUGAAGAGCACGCCUUGUGACAGCGACAUGUUGGCGUUAUACGGCCUGUACAAGCAGGGAACUUGUGGAGACGUUAACACCGGUAGCUAUAGCAGGGCCACACCUUUCUAGAAAUGUGUGGGUGUGUUUUUUUUGUUUUGUUUUGUUUUGUUUUUUAGACUUGUCUGGGUUUUUUUUGUUGUUUUUCCCCUCCAAUUUAGAAUCAUUGUUUACUGUAUGCGAGACUGGUUAAUGCCACCUGCUGCAUUGGAACAUGGCUGUCUUCAUCCGGUUAUUAUACAAGUGAUUUAAAAUGGAUUCAUUAUGAACCAAUAAUACUCUGCUUUCUGUUCUUUCUUCUCCAGAGAGACCGGGAAUGUUUGACUUGAAAGGAAAAGCAAAGUGGGACGCUUGGGCAGCAAAGAAAGGUAUGGACUGCGGUGGUACCUCUCUCCCUCCCAGUGGGGACCGCGGCGGUACCUCUGCCCCUCCCAGUACUAGGCGUUUGGGUGUAAGUUUGCCAGAUAGCCAGCUCGACUAACUGUACCUCUGGGGGGGUGACUCGUCCUUAUAUCACUCAGGCUCUGUUUCCCUGGGCUUACUGGGGCUCUUGGUUUAAGAAUCCGUGACGCCCUGGGUACUUUGCAGUUUGCCCACUAUAAGGACCUUAACAUGCGCAUUUUUUUUUUUUUCCACAGGAGUCUCCAAUGCCGACGCGAUGGUGCAAUACAUUAAACUGGUUGAGGAAUUCAAAGGAAAAUAUGGAUUUUGAUAAAACUGCUUUUCUGGCUGAUACACCGGCUUAAAAUGUGCUCCGCCUUGAGCGCAGUCUGUAAUACUGUAACCCUGCAAUCAUUAGACCACCGUGGCUGUUUUUUAAUUAAAUCUUGUAACUAACCAUUUCUUGUUUUUGGGUGAUUUAUUGUAUGAGAAACUGCUCUGUACGCAGGCUGCGUCCGGGUCUAUUGAGUAAUGACGACAG